AUGCUGAGGGCUGCCGCUAAUCAAAGCUCCUUACAGUCUCUCACUUCCAUCCAGCCUAAUAUGGAACAGUCUGAGGGUGCAUCAACAUCAUCAGUUCAUUCACAGUCGCCUGGCCCUUCAUAUGUUGAUUUGGGAGAUUGUACAAGCGAAUGGGAAUACUGUGGCGCAUUGUUUUGGUUUGAAGAGCGGCUGAAAUCAUCUCCUCUAAGACAAAGGCCUAGAUAUAACACGUGUUGCAAAGCAGGUGGUGUACGCAUUCCUUUUCCAACUGAGCCACCGUCAUUUAACCAUUCAGCUGGUCCAUACGUUUUUAAGGUGGCUUGUCAAAUUUCACAUUGUAUUGGAUCUUUGUGCCCUUCAGAAGGCGAGAGACCUAGGUUCCUUCAAAUGUAUGUCUAUGAUACACUACACGAAGUUGAAAAUAGACUUCACUUUUUUGAUAGUGAUGAUGAACGCCGGUUCUCCUCAGAUGUUGUCUCACUUCUUACACGUACAUUAACUGAAAUCAAUGGUUUCGUACGCCUUUUCAAUAAUGCUGCUGAGCUUUGCUCGCAACAAGUACCGGAGUUUGCAAUUACUCUUUAUAACAAGGCUAGGCAAAACAAUUACGGCUUACCUGUUGCGGGUACUCUUGGUGCUAUCGUACGCGACAAUGACCCUUUAGCAAGCGACUUUGAUAUUGUGAUACAUAGUAAAGAAGGCAUACCAAAGCGUGUGAGCAAGUUGCAUCCUUCGUAUAUGCCUUUUCAGUAUCCGCUUCUUAUCCCUUAUGCGGAUCCAGGCUGGUCUCCAGAACUUCAAUUGACUCUGGAUUCUAGAGAAAAAGACCGAAAACUAACCAUGAAUAUGUUUUACGCCUAUCAAAUCCACGAUCGUAAGGACACAUUCACAUUAUUGUUAAAGGCAGGUCGUCUCUUCCAACAAUAUUUGGUCGACGCCUAUGUGUGCACAGAGCAAUGUCGGCUUAAAUAUUAUCGUAACAAUCAAAAUAAAUUCCGCUCUGAAUUCUUACGUGGCAUCCAUGAUGCCUUCUCGAAAGGUGAUACCAAGGGUCGAGAGGUUGGAAAAAGAAUAGUCCUACCAUCUUCUUUUACCGGCGGCCCUCGAUAUAUGUACAAGCAUUAUCAAGAUGCUUUCGCAAUUUGUAGGGUUCAUGAUAACCCACAGUAUUUCAUAACUUUCACUUGUAGCGUCAAAUGGCAGGAAAUCAAGCGUUACUUGAAUAACGUUGGUUGCGCAAACUCGCAAGAUAGAUUAGACAUUAUUGCUAGAGUGUUUCAAAUGAAGGUUGAAGCUUUAGCUAAGUUUUUGAAGACACAUAAGACUUUUGAGAAGGUACUAAUAUUCACAACCUCUCUUUUUCCAGAUCUAUACACAAUCAAAUUUCAAAAAAGAGGCCUUCCACAUUGUCAUAUGCUUCUUUGGGUUACGCCAGAAUGCAAGAUACAAAAUGCAGAAGAUGUUGAUAACUUCAUUAGCGCAGAAAUUCCUAACCCGUCAACUGAUCCGGUAUUGUAUCGAAUAGUAACUGAAUCUAUAAUGCAUGGACCUUGCGAAUUGCCAAGAAUGAAUGCUCCCUGUAUGAUAGAUGGUAAAUGUUCUAAGUCGUUCCCAAAGGCUUAUGAACGUGUUACCCGAUUUGACGAGCAAGGUUACAUUCAUUAUAAAAGAUCACCAAAUGGCAUUCAAGUAGAUAAAGGCGGAGUACCACUUGACAAUGGAUACGUCGUUCCUUACAAUAGAAUUUUGUCUCUGCGUUUUGAGGCUCACAUUAACGUUGAAUAUUGUGGAUGGAGUAUGCUUAUUAAGUAUCUUUUCAAGUACAUCUCCAAAGGUGCAGACCGUGUACGUUAUGCUGUCACAAGGUGCGGUUCGGGAGUUAAAAGAUGGAUUAAAUGCAGCUUUGGAGGGUUUGACGGGUGGACCUGGAUUUCAUCUGGAGCCUACCGUAAUUCAGACAAUAUGCACCGUAAACCUUUUAUGCCCACCGUAAAUUACGGUGGAGCCGUAAUUUACGGUGGUGGCUGCGAUCAAAUGUGUAACUGCCUCAUUAAGUUGGUUUUUAUGAUGUCUUUUCAAGGGUUCUCAUCAUUGGACGGUUUUGGGACUCACUAG